AAGUGGGCCAACAGUUUUUUUAAGAUGAAGCUUCAGUUUGCCCUUAGCGCUCUCAUUGUGGUUUUGUGCAGUCUAGGCUUCGCCCAGGCCUAUGAAGGAAAUGGCGAACCGGGCUGCAAGACCCAAGCUGAGAUAGACAUUGCAGUUUUCCGAAACAAUUGGGAUGCCACAUCGUACUGGAAGUGUGAGUCACUCAACCAACCGGCCAGUGAAAUGAAGUGCCCCAGCGAAACGGGAUUCAUGGAUAGUCUUAAGAACUGUGUCAGCUGGGAGGAAUGGGAGUGGGAGAAGCCCUUACCUCCUAUUAGCGAGGCUGAUCAGUGACCGGACGCACAAAGCAGGGAAGUUGGGACAGCAAAAUGUGAUUAUUUAUGUUGUUGAAUUCAGAAUAAAAACUGCGUUGAGUAUGGCUCACGCAUCAAAAAAGA